AGAAACGACAAGAUUGUUCAGAGUUCCAAAGGCAGGCGAAAGAAUACACCCAGGAAGCUGCAGAGCCACCCCGUGCCGGACGAGACCCUCGGAUCGCGGGACGAGGAGAACAUCACGGACUCCGACGUUUACAGGCUAACUGAGCACACGUACUCGGACUACUCGUCUGCGUCCGUUAAAGAUGAGCCCAUGUCGUGCGAUGAAGGCAACUUCCCAGAUGAAGACGUGUACCCGCACAAAGAGCUCUCGCAGAUGGAAUAUGCAUCUCCGUACAUAAAAGAGGAACCAGCCCCUGGCGCGUAUGCUCCCGGGGAACAUACGCGGACCGAAGAAGCCAGCGAUUCCAACAUUUACGUGGCCGGCACGCAGACGGACUUCACGGCCGCUCGUAUCAAGGAAGAGCCGGCUUCGGGCGGGGAGGAAAACCCUGCAGAACCCAGCGCUUACACGUACGGGGAUUACAUGCAAACCCCGUACGCGUUUCCGGAGCCGCCACCUCCUCAAGCGCAGCCUUCGAAGCCCAAGCGCACACGGGAUAAGCUGUUUAUGUGUCCGGAGUGCACGAAAUGCUUUCCGAGCAACGCGGAACUCAUCCGACAUCACCGGACUCACACGGGGGAGAAGCCGUUCGCCUGCACGGACUGCGGGAGAGCCUUUUCCAAGAAGUCCAACCUGAUCACGCAUUACAAACUUCACACCGGGGAGAAGGCGUUUGCGUGCGCCCUGUGCGGCAAGUGCUUUACCCACAAGUCGGAUCUGGUGAAGCACGAGCGGAUCCACACGGGCGAGAAGCCGUUCUCCUGCCCCGACUGCGGGAAGUGCUUCACCGACAAGUCCAACCUGGUCACGCACCAGAGGCUCCACACGGGGGAGAAGUUGUUCUCGUGUUCCGUGUGCGGGAAGAGCUUCACCAACAGCUCCAACCUCGUCACCCACCACAGGAUCCACACGGGGGAGAAGCCGUACGCCUGCUCCGAGUGCGGCAAGCGCUUCACGCACAAGUCCGAUCUCGUGAAACACCAGAGGAUUCACACGGGCGAGCGGCCCUUUGCUUGCAACGUCUGCGGGAAGUGCUUCACGGAUACGUCCAAUCUCGUGACCCACCAGAAGAUCCACACGGGCGAGAAGCCCUUCCUCUGCGCCAUAUGCGGCAAGUGUUUUAUCAAUAACUCCAGCCUGGUCAAGCACCAGAUGGUCCACACCGGCGCCAAGCCCUAUUUAUGCGCCGAGUGCGGCAAGUGCUUCACCAACAGCUCGAACCUUCAGAAACACCAGAAGUUCCACAAGGCAGACAAACCGCUUCCGACGUCGGGAAAACUUACCGCCAUCUAUCUGUUUUUGCUAAUAGAUGAAGCUGUAGACGAGCAAAUCCUCGACGAUUUCACACACCUGCCCCCUGUAAAAGUUGAUGUUAUGGAGGGGGAAGGCAGCGGUAAGACGGAUCGCGUCCCCAAAUCCUCAGGAAGGAUGCGAGCCUGUGACGUAUAUACUGAAUCUUUGGGGCGUACGGGGGAGUCGUCAUUGGACUCCCCCAAAGGAAACCCCCAAAAUGUGUGCGUGCGCCAUACACGGGCCGAGUACACUCUUAUUAAAGAGGAAACAGAAGAUAUCGUAGGAGACAAUGGUCACCUGACCCCAGAAAUCAAGCGGGAAAAAUGCUUUUCUGUCUGUAUUAAGGAGGAACCUUGUGAAAACAUCCCAACUGAAGAAAUUACGAUUAAAAAAGAAGAAGCCUCGCCUGAAGAGCUUACAGACAGUCGGACCACCACAGAAGAUACCCCAAAAGACUACAUUGUGGUCCGUGUCAAGGAGGAGGAGUCAGACGCGCCUGAGAAAUAUCUCCCCGAUACUAACGAGUGCGCACUUAAACAAUCCCCGACUGUGCAGAUCGAGCAGGAGUCGCGUUCCUGGGAUGAAGGACCCGAGAGCUUUGUUGGUGGGCAGACGGGAAAUGAAGGAGGCGGCGCGCCGGAAAUAAAGUGCGCCGAGUGCGGGGAAAUCUUCCUCAGGAUGUCCGAUUUCGCGUCUCACCUACGAUCUCACAACAGGCGGAGGCCCCAUCCGCGUCCCGAAUGCCCGAGAACGUUCGGCGCCCACGAAGAGGUCCACGCGGCCGGCCGGCCGUUCCCGUGCUCGGAAUGCGGCAAGUGCUUUACGCAGAGAUCCAGCCUGGUGACCCACCGCAGGAUCCACUCGGGGGAGAAGCCCUUCUCGUGUUCCGUGUGCGGGAAACGCUUUUCGGCCAGGUCCAGCUUCGUGGAGCACCAGAUGAUCCACACGGGGGAGAAGCCCUUCUCGUGUUCCCUGUGCGGGAAACGCUUCACCAGCCGGUCAAAGGUGGUCGCCCACCAGAGAACUCACACGGGGGAAAAGCCCUUCCAGUGUGCAGAAUGCGAGAAGUGCUUCUCCAACAAAUCCAACCUUCUCGCUCAUCGGAGGCUCCAUACGGAAAACGCCCAGUUUUCGUGCUUCCAGUGCGGGAAAUUCUUUAACUAUAAGUCAAACCUCAUCACGCAUCAGAGGGUCCACACGGGGGAGAAGCCCUUCUCGUGCUCCGAUUGCAAUAAGCGUUUCAGCAGCAGAUCCCAUCUGGUCAAACACGAGAUUCUUCACUCUGGGGUCAAACCCUUUCCGUGUUCGCGUUGCGGAAAGCCCCUCGGCGGCCGGUCGUGUGCCCUCGCUCGCGCGGGAGAGGAGCAGUACCCGCGUUCCGUUUGCGGGAGAUGUUCCACCGGCGUAUCGAACCUCGCCCUGCACGAAAGGCUUCACGCGGGGGAGAAACCGUACCCGUGCUCCGCGUGCGGGAAAUGCUUUGUGGAUGCGUCACAUCUAGCGAGCCACGAGAGGAGCCACGCGGGAGCCACGGUCCUGGACCGACAUCAGAGGAUUCAUAGCCAGCUUCUUCAGCGAGAGCAGAGUCACUUUUCAGAAGAUCUGAGUGGCUUCACAAUGAUAAACAAGGACGCGAAUCAGACGACGGAGCGGAUCUUAAAUCUCACCCUGGAGAUCAUCUACCUGUUGACUGGAGAGGAUUACAUUGUUGUAAAAAAACCCAGCGACCGCGCCACACGAAGCAGCAGCCCCUGUACGCCGGAAAAGUCCUGCCGGUCGGAGAGCCCCGACGCGCUGUCCCCGCCCCCGUCGCCGAUACGAGAGAGAGACAGCGACAAGAGAAUUCUCGAACUGACCAGCCGGAUCAUUCAGCUUCUGAUGAAAGAGGUUCCCGUCAGGUAUGGGGACAUCACUGUCCAUUUUUCCCUGGAAGAGUGGGAGUAUUUAGAGGAACACCAAGAACUCUACAAGGACGUAACGGCGGGGAACCACCUGUCCCCCAACUCAACGGAUGUCUCCGCGGAAAUAAGUAGAUCCGAAGCGUCCGAGUCUCCCGUUCCCUCACCGGUUCCCUCACACGCGGCCAAAAGCGACAUUAAGAAGACCCCUUUGACAAAAUGUCUAAGGGUAAAUAAACCAAGGACGAGACAGUGCAAGCCCACGAUCGACGUCGGCGAGGAGUCCCCCACGGAAGAAUUCAAUCUCGCCGACGCCAACCUCUAUACGUCUCUGGGCGCUUAUACGUCGGCUCAUAUAAAAGACGAACCGGCUUCCUGGGAAGAUGACGAUCUAGGAGACAUUGACAUCUACAUACCCGUUGACCAGACGGACAUGGAGUAUUCCUUCCAUAUUAAGGAGGAAUUGGAAGCAGGGAGCUUAGCGCACGCUGGUAUCCAUACACACGGUGAAUAUAUACCAGCGGAAUAUAUAGAUCCUGGUAUCAAGGAUGAACCGGUCUCGGGCGAGGACGGAGAUCUGUCGGACGCCGAGAUAUCCCUCCCUGAGGAGCAUCUACAGGCAUCGGCGCAGAGGAGGUGUAGCUACGUGGACCGCGACGAAUACUUUCCUGGCCUUUCAGAUCUGGGGAAAGGCGGGGCGACCCGCAAAGCGCACCGGCUGACCUGCUUCGAAUGCGGGAAGCUCUUCCGCUUCCGGUCGGACCUCAUCGCGCAUCAACGAGCCCACGGCGAGGAGAAGGCGUUCUCCUAUUCCGUGCGCGAGAACCUCUUCGCGCUCAGCUCCCACCUGACCCCCCACGCCGACGACAAAACGUUCUCCUGCCCGGAGUGCGGGAAGCGGUUCGCGUGCGCCUCCCACCUCCUCGUGCACAAGCGGGUCCACUCGGGGGAGAAGCCGUUCACGUGCUCGGAGUGCGGGAAGUGCUUCUCCUGCGGCUCGCACCUGGCGCGCCACCAGAGGAUUCACACGGGCGAGAAGCCCUUCUCGUGCGCCUUGUGCGGCAAGUUCUUCACGCGCAGCUCCAGCCUCAUCCGCCACAAAAUGGUGCACACGGGAGAGAAGCCGUACUCGUGCCUCCAGUGCGGCAAGUGCUUCACCCGCGGGACCAGCCUGGUCCGGCAUCAGAAGCUUCACGCGGGGGAGAAAACGUACUCGUGUUCCGAGUGCGGCAAACAGUUCAGCAGUUACUCGACUCUCCUUCGGCAUAAAGCGAUGCACACAGAAAGGAAACCUAUUACCUUUUUAGACCCAGGAGCCAGGUGGCUUAAGAACCCAUGCUGGAAGCGUCCGACCGCGACGAUGAAUAAAGACAAGAACCGGAUAACCGAGAAGAUCUUAAAUCUCACCCUUGAGAUCAUCUACCUGCUAACUGGAGAGGACUAUAUCAUUUUAAAGAAGCCUGAUCACGUCGCAAAAAUCAACCGCUGGGUAUCAGAAGAAUCCCGCCUGACACGGAGCCACGGACCGUCUCCGCCUCAGCCACGGCUACAUAAAAAAUACGAGAAGAUUGCAGAACUGAGAAACAGGAUCAUUCAUCUGCUGACUGGAGAGGAGUGGGAAUUUUUAGGAGAAGACGAGGAUUUGUACAAGAAUGUGACGAUGGAGAAUCACCGGCCGGUAAGAUUACUCGAUGAACCGUUUUCCAUGGUUACGUGUAACGGGUUCCGUGCGUCUGCCUCUUUACAAGACGAGGAAAGCGCCACGAAAAAUACCCGGGAAGAGAAAUGCCCGAAAGCAUAUAAAUCCGAGAAGCGCCGGAGACGCUCUUUGGGAAAUGUCGGAGAUGAAGACCUCUCGCGAGGCGGGCGGGAUGUCCUAGUCGCAGAUAUGUCCGCGAAUCACGUGACGUCUGCGCGUGUUAAACAAGAGCCAGCCUUGUGGGAAGAAGGAAGCGUGGACUUCACAUCACCAGAACGGAUGUCUACUUCUGGUCAGAACCCCGUAGAAUGUUCACAAACAUCUAAACCUCAAGUCAAAGAGGAAUCCACCUUAUAUGAAGAAGAAGAAGCUGUGGCGGACACUGACGUUUCUCAGCUAACUCAACCUGCUUGGAUGGAAGAUCUCUCUCACCGUUUGAAGGAAGACCCAUGCGAGGAGAGCCGCUCGUUGGAUACCAACGUGUUGACCCCUGCAGGAUCUACAGAGUAUAUACUCAACGAUGAUAAAGAAUCCAGCGGGAGGAGCCUUGUCAAACAGGAAGCCGGACAGAGACCGUUUGUCCAAAGAUGUGGCUCGUGCGGUAAGAACUUUGAUGGGUCUUUAGAUGGCGCCACCCAACAUCCAACGCAAGGCACAGAGAAGGACUAUGAAGGCUCUUCGUGUCCCGAUUGUCUCGCUGGUAACCUUGAUCGCCUUCAGCAGGCUCUUUGCAAAGGGAAGAAGCUGGUGUGCUCCGAAUGCGGAAAGGAGUUUUCUUAUAAGUCGCAACUGGUCACCCAUCAUAGGAUCCAUACGGGGGAGAAGCCUUUUUCCUGCUCCCAGUGCGGGAAGUCGUUCAGCUGCAGCUCGCACCUUGUGGCUCACAACAGGAUUCACACGGGGGAGAAGCCGUACUCCUGCUCCCUGUGCGCCAAGUGCUUCACCAACAGCGCCAGCCUCGUGGCGCACCAGAGGACUCACACGGGGGAGAAGCCCUUUUCCUGCUCGGUGUGCGGGAAGUGCUUCACCAACAGUACGUACCUCGUCACCCACCAGAGGAUCCACACGGGGGAGAAGCCGUUUUCGUGCUCCGAGUGCGGGAAGUGCUUCACCGACAAGUCGAGCUUCCUCAGACAUCAGCGCAUUCACACGGGGGAGAAGCCCUUCUCGUGUUCGGUGUGCGGGAAGUGCUUUAUUGAUAAGUCCAGUCUGUUAAGGCAUCAGAUUAUUCACAGCGAAAAGAAACCUAUAGGUUUUACGUACAGGUACGUCGGCAAAAGUUGCGACGUGGCGAGCCACGGGACCGGCCCCAUCGCUGCGAUAAUGAAGGACGGGAAGCAGGCAUCUGAACGGAUCCUGAACAUCACCUUGGAGAUCAUCUACCUGCUCACUGGAGAGGAUUAUGUAAUUGUGAAGAAGCCAUGCGAGUGCGUCGCGCGCAGCCGAGAUCCGUGCACGUCGGACGGGUGCUGCAGGACCCAGCGGCCCGGCGCGUUGCCGUCUCCUCGCUCGCAGGCGCGUGGGGAACACAACGAGCAGAAGAUCCUGGAGCUGACCAACAGGAUCAUCCAGCUGCUGAGCGGGAAGGUUCCGGUGCAGUGCGAGGACGUCGCCGUCUAUUUCUCCCCGGAGGAGUGGGAGUAUGUAGAAGGACACAGAGACCUUUACAAGGACGCCAUGAUGGAAACCGAACAGCCCCCCGACGCACCGGGGAAAAAGGGGAAGAGAUUUGUCUACAGAACGAGACUGCUAGAAGUAGUCAAUUGUGCUGUCCAACUCAAGGAGGUUUUCUCUCUGAUGGAGCAACAUCUUCAACCUCCAAAGAACACAGCUCGCCCCAGACAUGGUGGAGCAGAAGGCAUUCCUGAUGUUCAAUCUGCCCACAUAAGGUUACACAGCACUCAGUAUUUAGACUGGGGUGGAUCGACUGAAAGGUUUCACGCCGCCGUGUCUAAACCGGGCCGGGUCACCGACGAUACGAAAGCCGGCGAAAGCAAUCACAUACCAAACAAAACAAUAUAUAAUAACGACCUACAAGAGUCACAGGUCCACUCGGCGGAGGACUCAGCUUCAUGUGAGACUCUUGUUAUCUUGGAUGUUUACGCACACACAAACCCCGUCUCUUGUGAAGGAGGACAUGUCCUUGACCCAAAUAUUUAUAUUCUUACAGACUGUUCACAAGCUACAGCUUUUGGAAUUAAGGAGGAACCGGUCUCUGGUCAACAAGAGGAGACGCCUGCAGAAGAAGUAACGACUCCCGUUGCCGAAGAAAAAAGUCUCACAAGGGCCGACACAGAACUCGGAGGGGUGGAUUAUAUGCUUGUUGUAAAGAAAGAAUGCCCCAAGGAAGAUUCGAGCGAGGAAGAGGAGUCGAGCUGCUCAUCCUCUAGUAAUUCCUCCGUGACAUCCGUUGCCCCUUUCAAACGGCAGAAACAGCAGGGUGGCGGCGCCGCCGUUCCCCCUGUAUGUGCCAGCGCCGACACCAGCGCUUCCGCUGUUCCGAGAAAGAUUCCAAAGCGCUCGAUUGGCGUCCACCGCCGCAGUAAAGUGUGGGAGCACUUCGAGAGUGGGGGAAACGGGUGCGUGGCAACGUGCAAGCUGUGCGGUAGGAAAGUGAGCCGGGGGAAGGUGGUGGGGCAUUUCACCAAUUCUGGUAUGGUCCAGCAUCUGCGCACGCACCACAGUGCAGCGUUCCCUGAAGGGCAAGCUGGCAGCGUUGGCGCCACAAAGUCUACCCUUGGGGCUUUCUAUUCGAGGGACAUGUCGGUGACAAAUAAUUUGACACGGCUGGUUGCGCAGCUUAUCGCUGUGGGAGGUAUGCCCUUCUCCGUAAUCGAAGGAGAGCCCUUCAGGCAGUUGCUAGAAGCUCUCGCUCCCCACUACAGCCUCCCGUGUCGCACCACCUUCAGCCGGAACGUAGUGCCCUCCCUCUACCGAUCUUGUGUGCUGUUGUUGAAGAACGAGCUUUCCAAGGCCGCCGGACACACCGUCCACUUCACCUUCAACAUAUGGAGCGCCGCUAGCACAAAGCAUGCCUUUAUCUCGCUGACGGCACACUGGUGGCAGCCCCAAGUCUUGGAGGAGGGUGGUACUGCAGCCGCUGCAGGCACACAGCGUGUGAAGAAGGGCAAAAUCGGGUCGGAAGGGCAGAGGUAUAGGUCAUUCCUACUGCAUGCUGAGGUUAUAGACGAGCAGCACACAUCAGCUCACAUUUUGGCAGCUCUGCAGAAGAUACUGGCGCAGUGGAUCGGACCGCAGAUGGGCACAACCGUAAAAAUGGGACUGGUGGUGACUGACGGGGAAGCAAACAUGGUCAAAGCUGUUAAAGAUGGGGACUUUGUGGGUCUGCGUUGCGCGGCACAUAUACUGCAUCUGGUGGUAAAGGCAGCUUUUCCAACUGACGGGCAGUGCAGGCUGUCGAAGCUCGUUGAGAAGUGCCGGAAGAUCGCGGGACACUUUCACCGAAGCGUGAAGGCGACCAAGCAGCUGAGAGAGGAGCAGGAGAAGGCCAGUCUGCCCGAGCACCAUCUUCUCCAGGACGUGGUCACUCGCUGGAACUCUACGCUAGAAAUGAUGGAGCGGAUACUAGAGCAGCAGCAGGCUCUUCAAUCCAUGUCCUCUGAGCAGGACAUUGGGGUGUCCAGGCCAUUGGACAAAGGGGAAUGGGCAAUAAUGGAGCAGGUAGUGGCCGUCCUGAAGCCUUUCAAAGAUGUGACUGAGAAUCUCAGGCAAAGCACCGCCAGUUUGGGCCAGGUCAUCCCCUUAUUUACCUACCUAACGCAAAAGAUGCAUUCCUUCCUAGAAUACAACGAGGUCUUACUCGGCGAUCGAUUACACCCGGAGGUUGAAACGCUGAUCGAAAAGCUGAAAGAGGAGCUGACUAGUCGCAUGCAAGCCAUCAUGGACACCCCGGACUACAUGCUGGCCACCCUCUGCGACCCUAGAAUAAAGGGCAAGUUGGCCCUUAAAAAUAAUAACUUGAAGACUUGGAGUGACUUGCUUGUCCGUAGGGUGCGUGAGAUGCAGAGCAAAAUGGGAAUGCUCAGCGAGGCAGAGAUGCAGGAGCUGGAAAUGGAAACCCUCGGCGGCGGCGUCGGCAGUAGCGCCACCCAGACGACCAAUUCCCGAUCGCUUGCGCCCAUGCAGAGCAGCAUUGCUAGAUCCAGCAGAGCACCGGCCAUUUGGGCAGAGGCCCUUGAUUCUUUGUUGGGUACCACCACAGUUCUCCAAACUCAGACUAGCGCCUCUGAGAUGGUCAAAGCCUACUUUGAAGAACUGCCGCUGCCUUCUACCGCCGACCCCCUGAGUUACUGGGACCAGAAACGUGUUGUUUGGCCGGGCCUCUCCUUAGUGGCGCAGCAGCUACUUUCAUGCCCCCCAACCAGCGUUCAAAGCGAGGAGGUUUUCUCUGUGACGGGCAACGUCCUCAACCCUCGGGGAACACAGUUCUCUCCGCGCCUGGUGGAGCAGAUGACGUUCUUGAAGUUCAAUCUGCCCGCGUUAGGUUAUCCACCGCUCAGUGGAUCGACGGAAAGAUUUCAGACCAUCGGGUCUAAACCGGACCGGGUCAAAGAAGAUGAGAAAACCAUGGGAAGUAAUCAUGAACCGAAAAUCCCAAAAAGUAAUAACCCCCAGGAGAUGCAGGUCAAGUCUGAGGAGGAAAAGUCAAUCUCCUUUGAAGAAGGAAAUGUCCUUGACCCAAACAUUUAUAAUCCUAUAGAGUAUUGGAAGAGCGAAUCUACAGCAUUGAAAAUUAAGGAGGAACCGGCCUCAGAAGAAGAAGACGAGGUCUCGGACCAAACAGAGAUCCAAUAUACGUCUGUAAUUAUCAAGGAAGAGCUAACGUCGGAUGAGGAGGGAGAGUUCCCGGCCAACGAGAGCCCCGCAGAAAACAUGACUACUCACGUUAUCGAGAAGUCAGUCUCUCUGGAGGACAUGGAUUAUAAAACUGUUAUUGUCAAGGAAGAAUCACUUAACGAGAAUUUCGGCGACGGUUAUGAUCCUUCAGAAUAUAUGCAGGUGACAGAUAUAGCGAGGGUGGAGGAUGACAAAGAAUCCAUAAGUGACUCGGAGCCACACGGUACAUCGACGACGUUUAACUGUUCUGAGUGUGUUAAAAGCUUUGAUAGUUACUCGAAGUUUGUCAAGCAUCAGGCAACUCACAAGGAGAAGAGGCUUCCUUGUUCUUACUGCGGGAAAUGCUUCUCUUACAACUCGCACCUCAUUGCUCACGAGAGGAUCCACACGGGAGAGAAGCCGUUUUCGUGUUCUAAAUGCGGGAAAGGUUUCACUCAAAACUCGGAUCUCCUUAAGCACCAGAGGAAUCACUCGGACGUGAAGCCCUUCGUCUGCACUGAAUGCGGGAAAGGCUUUUCUCAAAACUCGUAUCUCAUUAAGCACAUGAGGUUUCACACGGGAGACCGGCAGUUCCCUUGCUCCGUGUGCGGGAAAUGUUUCACCCAAAACUCCGACCUCGUGAAGCACCAGAGGGUCCACACGGGAGAGAAGCCCUACGCCUGUUCCGAGUGCGGCAAAUGUUUUUCGCAGCACUGCUAUCUUUAUAAACACAUGAGGUUUCACACGGGCGACAAGCGAUUCUCCUGUUCCGUGUGCGGGAAAUGCUUCGCUCAAAACUCCGAUCUCGUGAAACACCAGAGGAUCCACACGGGAGAGAAGCCCUUCUCCUGCUCCGAGUGCGGAAAGAGCUUCACCCAAAACACGCAUCUCGAACGCCACAGGCGGUUUCACACCGGCGAGAAGCCGUAUUCCUGUUCUGAGUGCGGGAAAUGUUUCAUUCAAAACUCAGAUCUCGUUAAACACAAAAGAUUUCACACGGCCGAGAAAACGCUCUUGUGCUCGGAAUGCGGUAAAGGCUUUGGUUCUACGUCGGAGCUUCUUGAACAUUGGAGUUCCUGUAGUUCCGCUCUUGGCCAAGCGGAGGAAAAACCAUUGUCGUGACUCGACGGAAUGAAAUAAUUCAAAUUUGACUUGUGUUAUUCAUAGAUCUGAUUCCCCUCCCCAUAGUUAUCAAUAACCGAUACUGAAACAAAACGCCGCUAACUUUUUUAAUAAAAUACGAAGAAAAAAAAUGGCAGCUGGACCAAUGCCAGCCAUAGCUAAUAUGUUAAAGGGACGCUCCGAACUUCAUACGCUUCAAUAAAUAUAAUAACUUUAGCAUCA